GCCUGUUUGGCUGCACCUUAAAUAACUUGAAUAACUUGUCGCUGCUCCAGUUUGCCAUCGCCUGCAGAGAACUUUGACACAAUUUCCCAGCGCCCUUCUGUUUGCCUUUUUUCCAGGCAAAACUUGGCUUUAAGUGCUUGAGGUGCUGGAGGUUCUGGAGGUGCUGUAGGUGCCAAGGUGCAGAGUUGCAGAGGUGGUGUCAUCAAAUAUUUAGCAAGCCUCUCUGCAAUCGGAGACAGCCAGUCGGAGGUGUCAGGCAAAUUUGCCCGGGCAACACAGGGCGUAUGGGUUAUGUGCCAGACACUAAGUUCUCGUCUGCCAGAUCAGAUAGGCCGUCUGAAAAAAGGGUGCACACUUAGGGUUAAACGUUUAAGAGGGCACCGGGUUAAGUGUCCCAGAGAAAGUAUAUAUUCCGAGAAAAUGUUGAGUAGGUCUAUAAAAGAAUUGGGUUUUAAGAAAAUGUUCAGCGCUUGUUUAGACUAACAAACGUUUUCAUACUCUGACAUUAUUGACAUUGAUAAGUGCCAUUUUUGUUUCGAACGAAAAUAGAAAUUUUAUGGGAAUUCCCACUUAAUUAAAAAGGAAAGUAGAUUGCGAGAACGUCAAUGCAGACUAAGAUAACCUCUGACAAACAUUUGUCUUAUCAAUUAUUUGUUUUUUAUUUGUUUUUAUAACAGCGGACGUGUAUUAAAACUGUAUUUAAGUUUAAUUUUAGUUUUCAUUGCGACGCUGUAAGCUUAAUCAAAAUGUCGGUAGCAUUUUUUAUUUUCCCUUUAAUAUUCAUAAACUCGGCUUUGGCUGUAAUUAUGCCGCAUCACAACUGCAAUGAAUACUUUACAUACGAAACGAGAAACCUGAAUGAAUACAUAGGCGUUUUCACAGCAGAUACAGCAAAUAUUCAUCAAUUUUACUGGGAGGCAAAAUUUUCCUCCAGAACACCAUAAAUGGACCAAGUCGGAGAUAUCAAUCCCUUUCCCUCGGAACAAGAAUACCGAGAUGAUGUUGAAAAAGGAAGACGGGCACGGGUUUCAGUGUCCUUCUUUAACAUUUUGGAUGAAUUGCCCUUGCUAACAAAUUUCACACUGAACGGAAAUACUCUGUGCACCAACCACAAAUAUGCAAGGCCUUCAACUACAACCCGAGUAGCACGCAGAAUAUCCGUAUUAUAAGGAGGAAAUCCUUAUCGAUAUAAAUCAUUCAUUUCAUUAUUUUAUUUGACUUAAUAAAUUUAAAAAGCUCUGA